GGGGGACUGGCUUCGGAUCCUUGCUCCGUGGCGAACCCUGGCCGCGGCCUGGCUGUGCGGAGCCGGGAGGGCGAGGCCCUGGAUGUUCGUGGCGGCGCCAGGCUCCCCAGGUGCUGUGGCUAGCGGAGCUCGGGCCGACUUGCACUCAGCGGGUCACGGUAACCCUCCACGCAGAGUUUGGGUCGCUUUAGACAACUGGAGUUGCUGGCGUUCAGGGUCGACUCACCUUGCCACCCUACGGUUCGCCUAACCUGUACUGUGUGCAGAGCAUUGGCCCCGAGGUAAAGCAUGGCCAAAAGCUUACGGAGUAAGUGGAAAAGGAAGAUGCGUGCUGAAAAGAGAAAAAAGAAUGCCCCAAGGGAGCUCAACAGACUUAAAAGUAUUCUCAAAGUUGACAGUGAUGCCUUAAUGAAAGAUGUUGAAGAAAUAGCAACUGUGGUUGUACCCAAACAUUGCCAGGAGAAAAUGCAGUGUGAAGAAAAGGCGGAUGAAGAAAAAGAUGACACAAAAAUGGAGAUUGAAAUUAAGAGAAACAAAAAGACUCUUCUAGACCAGCAUGGCCAGUACCCAGUGUGGAUGAACCAGAGGCAGAGAAAAAGGCUGAAGGCAAAGAGAGAAAAGAAGCGGGGGAAAAGCAGAGCGAAGGCAGCGAAGGGCCUGGCCUGGUAGACCCUUAAAAACUGAGGAGUAUUACAUGGGACAGAAUAUUCAUUUGUUCGGAAUGUUUUCACAGAUUUCCGCUCUCACUACAUAAAAGCUAUUUGUUUUCAUAUUUUAGUUCGGACUUAAUUGUUUAAUUCAAAACCAAAAUAACUCAUUUGUGUUGGGAGCUUAAAUAAAAUGUAUUUUGUAAUGAAUGAAAGUUAUGUUGAAGUUGUAAUUGGAUACUGCCUGAUAUUUGAGUACUAUCAGACAUUUCAAUCUUGUGAGCAUUAAUGUAGCUGUCAUUAUUUGAUCUUUCAGUGGCAGUUAUACUCAGUUCCUCGAAUUAAACAUGCUUAUGCAGAUGGAA